UUUCUUCCAGUGGGCGUGUUUUCGUUUAGAUAACGGGACUGGGGGAGAGCAGCAAGAGCAGAACUUGCCAAACCAACGAAAAGAAGAAAACAUCUUGAGAAAAGGACGCAAUAUAAUUAUGAUGCAGUUCGGUUCUUAAAGCAAUUGGGAUUCGUUUCGCAUCAAUGUCGUUAUAACUGUGUUAGGCCUGCAAGGACAUUCUUUAACAGGCAUUUGUUUCCUUCAUUCAAGCAUUCCUGGGAGUCCCGAGGCUAUAAAAGAACAAUGCAGAGCGAGAAAUCUGAGCCGAGCGAGCUGAAAGUCGCCGACGGUUCCGGGCCAGGCGAGGCCGAGAAGAGCGCACCAAUUCCGGGCAAUGAAGUGCAGACGACGCCUCCCCGCACCAAAGGCACACGCGCCGUGGCAGUGCUGUGGACUUUUGGGAAGUGUCUGGGGGCUUUGCUUCCCGUCUACCUGGCAGGCUACUACCGGGUCAGCACCAGCCUGCUAGUGUGCGGCAUGAUGGUGUACACCGGGUGGAAGCACGCCCGGGAGGCCAAGGAGGAGAGGCUCAAGUUGGCCAUGCAUCUUCUCUGCGACGAGCACGAACACGGCGACUUGAACAUGUCCAAAAUAAAGCGAGACCUUCCUGCUUGGGUCAACUUUCCAGAUGUGGAGAAAGUCGAAUGGCUGAAUAAGGUGCUGCAGCAGGUGUGGCCCUUCGUUGGCCAGUACCUGGAGAAGCUCCUAGUGGAGACCAUCGCGCCGUCUAUUCGAGCCUCAAGCAGCCACCUCCAGACACUCAGUUUCACCAAAGUGGACAUGGGCAACAAGGCCAUGAAGGUGGUAGGAAUCAAGGCGCACACCGAGAACGACAAAGGACAAGUCCUGCUCGAUCUGUACAUCAGCUACGUCGGCAAUGUGGAGAUCAACGUGGAGGUGAAGAGAUACUUCUGCAAAGCCGGGGUCAAAGGAAUACAACUGCACGGGAUGAUGCGGGUCAUCCUGGAGCCUCUGAUUGGUGACGUGCCCAUCGUGGGAGCAGUCACCAUGUUUUUCAUCCGCAGGCCUAAACUAGACAUCAACUGGACAGGAAUGACUAAUUUGUUGGAUAUCCCUGGAUUGAAUGUUAUGUCUGACAGCAUGAUCAUGGAUGCAAUCGCCUCCUUCUUGGUGCUGCCCAACCGCCUGGUAGUGCCCCUGGUCCCAAACCUGCAUGUGGGGCAUCUUCGCUCCCCUUUGCCAAGGGGUGUGGUCCGCAUCCACCUGGUGGAGGCCCAGAAUCUUGCAGCAAAGGACAGCUAUGUCAAAGGAGUCAUGGCCGGCUUGUCCGACCCCUAUGCCAUAUUGAGAGUGGGUCCCCAGAUGUUCACCUCGCAGCACUUUGACAACACAGACGCGCCCAAGUGGGGAGAGACGUACGAGGUGAUAGUCCAUGAAGUGCCUGGUCAGGAACUGGAGGUGGAGGUUUAUGACAAAGAUCCAGACCAGGAUGACUUCCUGGGCAGGACCAAACUGGAUUUGGGAAUUGUGAAGAAAUCCACAGCAGUUGAUGACUGGUUCCCGCUGAAGGACACUCCUUCAGGCCAGGUCCAUCUCAGACUGGAGUGGUUGUCCUUGAUGUCGUCGACUGAUCGCCUCGAGCAGAUCCUUAAACGAAACGAGAGCGUGACCAGUAAGACGGCAGACCCCCCAUCCUCCGCCAUUUUGGUCAUCUAUCUCGACAAGGCUGAAGCUCUUCCGAUGAAGAAAGGGAAUAAAAAGCCCAGUCCCAUGGUGCAGUUAUCUGUGCAGGACAUCACGAGAGAGAGCAAGACAUGUUACACAACGGUGGAUCCAGAAUGGGAGGAAGCAUUUACCUUCUUUAUCCAGGAUCCACGCAAACAGGACAUUGAUGUCCAGGUGAAAGACGUGGACCGUGUGCAGACGUUGGGCAGUCUGACCCUGCCUCUGUCCAAGCUGCUGUCCACUGCCGACCUCUCUGUGGACCAGAUGUUCACGCUGGAGAACUCUGGACCCGCCAGUCGCAUAUAUAUCAACGCCGUUCUCCGAAUGCUGUGGUUCGAUGAGGAACGCAUCACAGCUGAUGUGUCCUCUCACCUAGAGUCUGGAGGCAAGCAGUUAGCUCAACACACCUCUCCCCACUCCAGCUUCGCAACAGAGGGGCUGCUUCGGAUCCACCUCUUGGCUGGGCAGAACCUGGUUCCCAAAGACAACCUGAUGGGGGGCAUGGUGAAGGGGAAGAGUGACCCUUACGUCAAGGUGAACAUCGGGGGAGAAACAUUCACAAGCGGGGUCAUCAAGACCAAUCUCAACCCCACCUGGAACGAAAUGUAUGAGGUGAUUCUGACCCAGCUGCCCGGUCAGGCGCUACAACUGGAGGUGUUUGAUAAAGACAUGGACAUGAAGGAUGACUUCAUGGGAAGACUGAAGAUCAACCUGAAGGACAUCAUUGAUUCUCAGUACAUUGAUCAGUGGUACACUCUCAAUGAUGUCAAGUCAGGUCGAGUUCACCUGAUACUGGAAUGGGUUCAGACAGUCCCAGAAGCAGACCAACUGGAUCAGGUUCUUCAGUUCUAUUCCAGACAGUCCUACCAGAACAAGGCGGUUCCAUCUGCAGGACUUUUGUUUGUCUUCAUCGAACAAGCGGAUGGUUUACCAGUGAAAAAGAGUGGAAAAGAGCCAAAAGUGGGAGCGGAGAUGGUUCUUGGAAAAACAUCUCGCAAAACUACUGUGUGUGAUCGCACUACAUCGCCUCAGUGGAUUGAGGCGUUCUGCUUCCCUGUCCGUGACCCCAGGGAAGAUAAUCUGGUUGUUAAGCUGUCCCACAGCUGGACGUUGCCUAUGGGCUCUUUGGUCGUCCCCAUCAGAGAGCUGCUCUCAGAACCAGAACUGGUCCUGGAUCAGUGGUUCCAUCUGGACGGAGCCUCCCCAGAGAGUCAGAUUCUUCUUCGAGCUGAACUCAAGAUGCUGAUUCCGAGCAAAUGUCCCCGUGUCAGCCACAAGACUAAAUUCAUGUCCGAAGAAUCUGACCACACUCCUGAGCAGCAGAAGAGUGAGGCGGAUGUGACGCAAGGAUCGAGCUGCGUGAACGCUGCUGUAGAGACUCUUGUCCCCCAAGCGACUUUGCAUGAAGACGUCCAUGUUGAGACGCCUGUUGCUGACGUGUUGGAGGAUACAAAGCAGGAGUCAUCAAGUCCUGCGCUGGUGAAACCUCCUCAUACUUCCCCAGACCUCAGCUUUGCCAGUGAGGGCCUCAUGAGAAUCAUCCUCAUGGAGGCUCAAGAUCUGGUUGCCAAGGACAACCUCAUGGGGGGUUUCAAGAAGGGCAAGAGUGACCCCUAUGCAAAGGUCACCAUCGGAGACGUCACAUUUAAAAGCAACGUCAUCAAGGAGCAGCUCAGCCCCAUCUGGAACGAGAUGUAUCAGGCAGUGCUGAGGCCUCGGCCAGGCCAGGAAGUAAAUGUGGAGCUUUAUGAUAAAGACAUGGACAAAGAUGACUUUCUAGGAAGGUGCGACAUCAAUGUGGCCGACAUCAUCCGCUCCCAGUACACGGACCAGUGGUACUCUUUGAAUGAGGUGAAGUCUGGUCGUGUUCGCCUUAUUCUGGAGUGGGUUCAAGCAGUCUCUCAUCAUGGCGCACUGGACAAAGUGAUGCAGUUGCAGUCAUUGCAGUCCUUUACCAACAAGACUGUUCCCUCUGCAGCGCUGCUAUUUGUUCAUGUGGACAGAGCGCACCUUUUACCUUUUAAGAAAAGUGGAAAGGAGCCUAAGGCUGGUGCGGAGCUUGUUCUUGGCAACACAAGCUACAAAACAAAGGUUUGUGAUCGCUCCAGAUCACCUGAGUGGAACGAGGCUUUCUACUUUUUAAUCCGUGACCCUGCUGAGGAGAUGCUGGUCAUCAAGCUUUCCAGUGCCUGGGACCAGCCAAUGGGAUCACUUGUGGUUCCUGUGAAGGAGCUCCUGUCAGAACCUCAGCUAGUCCGGGAUCAGUGGAUGCAUCUGGAUGGAGCCCUGCCUGAGAGUGAGAUCCUACUCAGGGCUGAACUUAAGAUCUUGAACUCGAGGAUGACUGACGCUCCACAGCCUUGUGGUCCCGCUUCAAAAGAGAAGGAAGGCGGCUCAAAGCUGCCAUUGGAUAAUAUUUCUGCACUAACCAGUCAGCUGAAGCACUCUGAAGCAGUGAAAGACGAUGUGGGGGCCAUCACAGUCCAGCCUUCUGAUGCUGCGUUGGUGGAGGACGCAGCAGAAGAAGAGCUGCAUGACCCACAGUCGGACCUAGGAGUUCCUAAACAGGAAGUGACAGCUGAUGAUGCUGGUUUGGAUGACCUGGCCUGGUCCUCAGUGACUAGUCUUCCUGCUGAACCCUCCAAGCCAGAAGAUGAUGUUUGUCCACAGAACACCUGCAUCCCCAGCCCGGACUUUGCCACUGAGGGGCUGCUGAGGAUUCACCUGCUGGAGGCUCAGAGUCUGGUCGCCAAGGACAACUUGAUGGGCGGCAUGGUGAAAGGCAAGAGUGACCCCUAUGUCAAAGUCAGCGUUGGAAGUGUUACAUUCAAGAGUCAUGUCAUCAAGGAGAACCUCAACCCCACAUGGAACGAGAUGUAUGAGGUGGUUUUGAAGAGCUGCGAUGUCCAGAACAUCCAACUUGAAGCUUUUGAUAAAGAUUUAGAUUCUGAUGACUUUCUUGGCAGGUUGAGUGUGAAACUCAGCGAUGUCAUGCGAUCCCAGUUCAUAGACCAGUGGUACACCUUGAAUGAUGUGAAGUCCGGGCGGGUUCACUUGAUCCUGGAGUGGGUUCCUACCGUGUCGCAUUCCAUCCAACUUGACCAGGUACUGCAGCUUCAGUCUCUCCAGGCUUUCAAGAACAAAGCAUUCCCCUCUGCCGCGUUGCUCUUUGUCCAUGUGGAGCGAGCGCGUUCAUUACCUCUGAAGAAGAGUGGAAAGGAACCCAAAGCAGGAGCAGAGCUUGUUCUUGGAGACACAAUCUACAAAACCAAUCUGUGUGACCGCACAACCAAUCCUCAGUGGGGGGAGUCUUUCUACUUCCUUGUGCGGGAUCCUAAACAGCAGAUGCUUGUGCUCAAGUUGUCCAGCGGCUGGGACCAACCCAUAGGUUCGCUGGUGGUCUCCAUCAGGGAACUGCUGGCUGAGCCACAGCUGGUCCUGGAUCAAUGGUUCCAUCUGGAUGGAGCAGCAGCUGACAGUGAAGUCCUGCUCAGGCUUGAACUCAAGGUUCUGGAGUCCAAAAUGGUGGAGAUGAUCGGUAGAGGGACUCUGCCUUGUGCCACUGCUGGUAGUGGAUCUGGUAAUGGGCAGGUGAAGUUGUCGCUUUACUUUGACUCGCGAGAAGGCAAGCUGAGCGUCAUCGUACACGCCUGCAGAGGUUUGUUGUGUCCCAGUAAGGACGCAGUAGACAGCUACGUCUCCCUCUCACUGCUGCCCGACAAAAGCAAAGCCACCAAGAGGAAGACAGCUGUAAAAAAACGAGAUCUCAACCCCGAAUUCAAUGAGAGGUUUGACUACAACUUGACUGUGGAGGAAAUGAAAUACAGACAUCUCAACUUGUCAGUGAAGAAUAACUCUGCAUCAUUCAGAAGCCGCGACGUCAUUGGACAGGUGCAGAUCAACUUGGCAGAGGUUGACCUCAUUUCUGGAGUCACUGAGUGGUUCAUACUGAGAGAUGAAGCGGAGUAGUGAACAUAAAGGUCGCAUCGCUGCAACUUGAACAAGAUGCCUUCUGCUUUCCACUUCUGUAUUGGACACCGCUGCCGCAUGCGCACACGCACACAAACUGUGCUCCUUGUUAUAACAUACCAAAGUGCAAAGCCUGCCAAAUAUUUGUAUCACACAAAAACUCGGUACUGACUUGAGAAGAGCUUAAUAUAUAAUAGAUUAGCCAAAAGUGAGCUUGAAAUUUUGUUACAAUAUGUUGCGUCAAUUAAAAAUACCACUUGAGUGUUAAUGACCCGUUUUCAGACUUACUUUUAUAAUAAAGCAGCUUGCUUGGUUGUGUUUGACAGUGUUUUUUUAUAAGAUUGUUGUUUUUUGCUUUGCAUCAGGUUAAUGCAGUUUAGUUUGUGUAUAUUUGCAAAUACUAUACACCUAUUGAGUGUUGAAAGAUGGGAUAUUAAAAUUCAUCUUGCACAUCUUAUU